UUCAAGAGCAAAGUACAUGUGGCACUGAGUUAAUCCUUGAAGAUAACAUAGAUUUCACUUUAACUCACUUGCUCAGUUUAAGAAGGUUUGAAGCGAGCAAUGGUGUAUCUGGACUCUCUUCCUUGGACUCUGGUGACAUUGCUGAUUAUUUCUGGAUUCAAUUAUGGCUCUGAUUCUACUGGACAAAAUAGACUGAAAAGGGAGAUCAAUCAGGAACAGCCUCGCAUGUCCUCAGAAAGGGGCAAUUUAGUUUUCCAUGCUGGCUCUGCCAAAAAUAUUGAAUUCAGAACUGAAUCACAGGGCAGAAUAAAAAUUAACGAAGAAGACCUUGCAGAGACUUUGAGCCAGAUCCAAAAGAAUAAAGAAGAGAUUUUAGAACUCAAAAGAACUGCUAGCACACCUCAAAAUGUUUCCAGCCAGAUAACUCAGCUUCAUUUCAAGAUUGCAAACAUCGAAGGCAGAAUUCAAAACCUUGAGCAGAGCUUCUUGAGAAAAACCUGUAAUAGCAACCCCUGCCAAAAUUCUGGAACUUGCAUAAAUUUGCUGGAUGCUUUCUUCUGCCUCUGUCCUGACAACUGGCAGGGUCCAUUCUGUUCUGUUGAUGUUAACGAGUGCCAGAUUUAUGCUGGGACACCACUUGCUUGCCAGAAUGGAGCUACAUGUGUAAAUACUCCUGGUAGUUACAGCUGCAUUUGUACACCGGAAACCUAUGGACCCUUCUGUACUUCAAAAUUUGAUGACUGUGAAAGAGGGUCACCUGUUCUUUGUCAACAUGGGCUUUGUGUUGAUGGAAUCAGAGAACAACCUAAUCAGCCAAAGUACACCUGUUUGUGUGAUGCUGGCUGGAUGUCACCGUCAGGGAGCCUUGCCUGCAAUGCAGAUAUAGAUGAAUGUAGCCUCCCUCAACCACCUUGCUCACUGAAUCCUCCUGUUCAAUGCUUCAAUAGUCCAGGCUCUUAUUCCUGUGGUCCUUGCCCAGCAGGUUGGCAAGGAAAUGGCUACAGUUGUCAAGAUAUUAAUGAAUGUGAGAGUGAUAAUGGAGGUUGCUCAAUUGCCCCACUGGUUCAGUGCAUCAAUACAAUGGGAUCCUUCUAUUGCAAUCACUGCCCUCCAGGCUACGAAGGUGAUGGGAAAAUGUGCACCCCAGUUAACAUUUGCUCAAUCAGCAAUGGAGGCUGCCAUUCACUUGCUACAUGUACCAGCACACCAGGGCUUAUACCGAUUUGUAUCUGCCCAGAUGGAUAUACUGGGAGCGGCUAUGGCCCAAAUGGAUGUGUUACACUGAGUAAUAUAUGCCAAACCCAAAACCCUUGUGUUAAUGGGCAGUGCCUUGUUACAAUCUCUGGUCACAACUGUGUGUGUGAUCCUGGCUGGACUGGGGCCAACUGCACAGAAAACAUUGACGAUUGUGCCAGCAAUCCUUGUCAGCAUGGAGGAACCUGUACUGAUGGGGUGAAUGGAUAUUCCUGCGAAUGUACAAACUCAUGGACUGGCCCCCAGUGCCAGACAUCCCAACAAGCCUGUGGAGAUUCACUUUCAGGCCUCUCUGGAUCGUUCAGCUACCCUAACAACCCAAGCACAGAGCAAUCUAGCCAAGAGGUCAACUGUAAUUGGGUUAUUCGGACUGAUUAUAACAAGAUCUUGCAUAUCACUUUCCCAUUCUUCCGACUGGGGGAAAGUGUCAACUGCAGAUUUGAUUUUCUCCAGAUUCAUGAUGGCGAGUCAACUUCAGCAAACCUGCUGGGGAAAUAUUGUGGAUCAUCUCACCCACAAGAGCUCUUUAGUAGUCACAACUCUUUAUAUUUUUCAUUCCAUUCUGACCGUUUGACUAAUGGAAGAGGGUUUACAGUUCACUGGGAGUCUCAGCAGCCUGAGUGUGGUGAUGAAUUGACUGACCCUUAUGGAUCAAUUAACUCACCUGGUUAUCCUGGCAACUAUCCUCCCAAUAGAGAUUGCUACUGGGUCCUCUCAACUAAUCCCGGUCUGUUCAUCACAUUUGCCUUUGGUACAUUGAGCCUUGAACAUCAUGAUAACUGUAGCCACGACUAUCUGGAGAUUCGAGAUGGCCUUCUCCCUGAAGAUCAACUUCUUGGAAGAUACUGCAGCACCAGGUUGCCUCCUCCGCUUCAAACCACUGGCCCAUAUGCCUGGGUUCACUUCCACUCUGAUGGGUUUGGUACUGAUAGGGGCUUCCAUAUUACAUACACAACUUCUCCUAUGGAUCCCAACUGUGGAGGAAACUAUACAGAAAGUACCGGGGUUAUCAUGUCUCCCUACUGGCCAAACUCUUACCUUAGCAACAGACAGUGCAUCUACAUCAUCCAGCAACCUUCUGCUGAAAAAAUAUAUCUCAAUUUUACCCACCUGGAGCUGGAAGGCCGUCCUGGUUGUCCUUGGAAUUACAUUGAGGUCCGAGACGGUGCCUCUGAAAUGUCUCCCUUAAUUGGCAAGUUCUGUAACAGCACACUUCCUUUCACUGUUGCAUCUAAUAGCAACAGCCUCUGGAUCAAGUUCAAGUCUGAUACCUCUUCCCAGAGAGCAAGUUUCAGGGCUGUUUAUGACGUUGCGUGUGGCGGGGUCUUGUCUGGCGAUGGAGUCAUCCAGUCCCCCUAUUUCAACAGGUCACUGUCUCAUGAAAGGAUCUGUGAGUGGAUCAUCUCCCAACCAGAAGGCAAUCGUGUGGUCCUUAAUUUCACUGACUUCCACAUCCAUAGUAAUAUAUUCUGUGCCUCAGAUUAUGUUGAGGUCAGAGAUGGUGACAAUGUGAGAUCACCUUUACUGGGGAAAUAUUGUGGUUCGACUGUACCAUCAAUAGUUCAGUCUACAUAUAACUACGCUUAUGUGAAAUUCAGAGCUUCAUCUGCAGAAAAUCUUGGCUUUCUUGCUGAAUACAAGUUUUUUGAUGCAGCAUGCGGAGGAACUCUGACUGAACCAGAUGGGACCAUUGCAACUCCAGACUACCUGGCCACUUACCCACAUGGUAUCAGAUGUGCAUGGACUGUCUUAGUUCAGCCUGGUAACUUAAUCAGACUGACCUUCACACAGUUUUAUUUGGAAUUUGACUACACAUGCAACAGAGAUUACCUUGAAAUCUAUGACAAUAGCACUAUGACAAAGCUGGGACGGUACUGUGGGAGGUCGGUGCCACCAUCUAUGACCAGUGGCGGCAACACACUGAUGUUGUAUUUUGUGACAAACCGCAAUGUCGCCUCAGAAGGAUUUUCUGUUAAUUACAUUUCACUGAAUGCAUCUACAGCAUGUUCACAUGAAUACACAGAAGCUUCUGGUGUGUUAACAUCUCCAAACUUUCCUGACCGCUAUCCCAACAAAAUGACUUGCAUAUACAGGAUCCGUGUGGAGAACAACAAACAGAUCGCUCUGCAUUUCACCAACUUCUCCUUGGAGGCUGGAGCCACGUGUUCAAAUGAUUAUGUGGAACUCAGAGAUGGAGGCUAUGAGACAUCACCUUUAAUUGGAAAAUUCUGUGGCUUAUCAUUGCCUCCUGUUACCAUCUCCCAUAGCAACAAACUAUGGAUAAAGUUUGUCAGUGAUGUAAUUCUUUCAUACAGUGGAUUCUCAGCUUACUGGGAUGGAACAUCAACAGGUUGUGGUGGAACUCUUUCUACUUCCUCUGGAAUCUUCAUGUCUCCAAACUAUCCUUUGCCUUACCACCAUAAUGCAGAAUGCUACUGGUUGCUGAAGUCAAGUCAUGGAAGUCCAUUUGAAAUUCAGUUUGAUCAGUUCCACUUAGAGUCACAUCGAAGUUGUGGAUACGAUUAUCUUGCUGUCUAUGAUGGCAAUAGUACCAAUGCUAAGAUGCUGGGCAAAUUUUGUGGCAAUGAGAUGCCACCCACAAUCCGCUCUACUCAGGACAGUUUAUAUGUAAAAUUAAGGACAGACUCGUCCUUAGGAGGAGGAGGCUUUGUUGCUCAUUAUAAACAAAUUUGCCAAGGAAUAGUAAUUGCCAAUCGGAGCCAAGGCAUUUUAGAGAGUUUAAACUUUCCUAAUAACUACCCUGCGGAUGCAUAUUGCAAUUGGACCAUCCAAACAACAACUGGCAACACCCUCAACUAUAGCUUUCUCGCAUUUAGUACAUACGGAGGAGAGCACUGUGAACGUGACCAUGUAAAGCUUUAUGACGGUCCUAAUGCCCAGUCCAACUUAAUAGGAACUUUCUGUGGCAACAGUAAUCCCCCAUCUGGUGGCACCACUAGUUCCAGUCUCCAUGUGGUGUUUUUCUCUGAUAAAAUACAAGAAUCUACUGGAUUUCAGAUGCUAUGGCAGAUAAAUGGAUGUGGUGGAGAUCUUCAUGGGACCUCUGGCUCUUUCCACAGUCUUGGAUAUCCAAACAAGUACCCACACAAUAGGGAAUGCCAAUGGUAUAUUCACACAACUCCAGGCAGUAGUAUUCAACUCACCAUUCUGGAAUUUGAUGUUGAAUACCAUUCAGGCUGUGACUAUGAUGUUCUGGAGAUCUAUGGUGGUCCUGAUUUAUCUUCUCCUAGACUGGCCCAGCUUUGUGUGCCAAGAACCUUGCAAAAUCCUCUGCAUAUCUCCAGCACUGGAAAUGCAAUUGUAGUCCGAUUUAAAACAGACAGAACUGUGAAUGGAAGGGGAUUCAAUGCCACUUGGCAAGAGAUACCUGGAGGCUGUGGCGGUGUUUUUCAAGCUCCACAUGGUGAAAUCCAUUCUCCCAACUAUCCUCAGCCUUAUGGCAACGGUACCGACUGUUCUUGGGUCAUUCGAGUCGACUUUGGUCACCGUGUUCUGCUGAACUUCACAGACUUUGCAAUAGAAUCCCACCGUUCCUGUCUCUUUGACUAUGUUGCAGUAUUUGAUGGUCCAAAUAACGAAUCUCCACUUCUUAGAAAGGUCUGUGGUACUCAGACACCUUCUGCUAUCACAUCCACUCAAAAUGUCAUGUUUGUGAGGUUUCGCUCUGACAGCUCUGUCCAUCUCAGAGGCUUCAGUGCUCAGUUCAAAGAAGCAUGUGGAAGUGUCUUAGAAGCGGAUUCCGCAGGUACAUCAAUUUCCUCUCCUCUGUACCCAGCCAACUACCCAAACAAUCAGAACUGCAGCUGGAUAAUUCAAGCCCAGGAACCAUUCAACCAUAUUACGCUAUCAUUCACCGAGUUUGCAACUGAAGGCAACAUACGUAACUGCACCAGAGAUUAUGUUGAAAUUCGAGAAGGGAAUAAUGACAACGCACCUCUUCAAGGGCGUUAUUGUGGCACCACAAUGCCACAUCCUGUUACUUCUUUUACAAGUGUUUUGACCAUCAACUUUAUCUCUAACCAUGCUAUUACUGCUAAAGGGUUCCAUGCCACCCUUACUGCAUCAACAUCUGCCUGCGGGGGCACCUUCCAUAUGGAAAGAGGAGCCUUCAAUAGCCCCAACUUUCCUGAGGCUUACCCUCUGAAUGUCGAAUGUGUCUGGAACAUUCGGAGCUCCCCUGGCAACCGGCUCCAGCUGUCUUUCACAGACUUUCAGAUGGAAGAAAGCGAAGGCUGUACCAAGGAUUAUGUAGAAAUUAGAGAAGACAGUCUCAAUGGUCAACAGAUGGGACGAUACUGUGGAAACACCUUGCCAUUUAAUUAUACUUCUGUCACUGGACACAUCCUAUGGAUUAAGUUUGUCUCAGAUGGAUCAGGCAGUGGAAGGGGCUUCCAGGCCACGUUUGCUCAGUUGUUUGGAAAUAAUAUUGUGGGAAGCAGUGGACAAAUUGCUUCUCCACUGUGGCCUCGAAAUUACCCUCACCUCUCCAACUAUCAGUGGACAAUAAUGGUUAAUGCGACACAAGUUAUCCGGGGCCAGUUCUCAGAGAUGGAUAUUGAAGAUCUGCUUCACUGCUAUUAUGACAAGCUGAAGGUGUAUGACGGCCCCAAUACACAUGCCCAUCUCAUUGCAACAUACUGUGGAAGAGCCCGUUCCUCUUUCACUUCUUCUGGAAGCUCUGUGACUCUUCAUUUCAUCUCUGAUCUCUCUACCAGUGGGAAGGGCUUCCUUUUGGACUGGACUGCAGUGGACGCUCCUACAGAUGUUGAACAGACCAUUCCCAUAGGUGCCUGUGGAGGGACCUCAAGAACCAGUGAGACCCCCUUAUUCCUAUUCUCCCCUGACUGGCCUGCAAAGUACAGGAAUAAUGCAGAGUGUACAUGGGUUAUCAGAGCAUUAGACUCCACAGUGGAAUUCAACAUCUUGGCUCUUGACAUUGAAAGUCACCGCUCAUGCAAUUAUGAUAAACUUGUCUUCUAUGAUGGGGACAACCGUCUUGCACCAGUUCUGUCUACUGUCUGUGGCCGUGAAGUCCCUGGGCCAAUAAGAUCAACUGGAGAUGCCAUGUUUAUUCAGUUCACUUCAGAUGGAAGCAUAACUGGUGCUGGGUUUAAUGCUUCAUACCACAAAAGUUGUGGUGGUUAUUUGCAUGCAGACAGAGGUGUGAUUACUUCACCCAAUUAUCCACAGACCUAUCCUCCCAAUAUGAAUUGUUCUUGGCACAUUCUGGUUACUACGGGUUUCAUCAUUGGUGUUCAUUUUGAACAGCCAUUCCAAGUGCUUAAUGAAGAUGCUUCCUGUAGCCAUGGAGAUUAUGUUGAGCUUCGAAAUGGACCAGACCUCUCUGCCCCUCCAUUGGGACUCAGUGGCACAAAUGGUCGUUUUUGUGGUAGUGUUUCCUUUUCUUCAGUUUACACCACAGAUAAUCAGCUAUUUGUCCACUUCAGUUCGGACAGCAGUCAUGGAGGGACAGGUUUCAAACUCAAAUAUGAAGCAAAGGGUCUCGCUUGUGGAGGAAAUGUCUAUAUCAGUGAAACCAGCCCUUCUGGAUUUAUCUCUUCGCCCAACUAUCCUGGCAAUUAUCCACCACAUAUUGAUUGUGUCUGGAAGAUAAUUGCUCCUUAUGGGGAGGCAGUGGAGCUGCAGUUUCAAGAUCAGUUUGAUAUCCAGCCUUCAUCUAAUUGUACAUUAAGUUAUCUUGAGUUACGAGAUGGUGCUGACUCCAGUGCACCAGUGAUCACCAAACUAUGUGGGAAUUCUCUGCCAAGCAUUCAAAGAUCAUCUGGUUCAACCCUAUACAUGAGAUUUUGGUCAGGCAGCACGGACACACGGACUGGAUUCAAUGUCACAUAUUCAAGAGCUAUAUGUGGCGGGACACUGACAGGACAAAAUGGCCUCAUUGAAAGUAUUGGAUUUCCUCAUUUUCCCUACCCGGAUAAUUUGCUGUGUGAAUGGAUUCUCCAUGGUCCUGUGGGUCAUUAUCUCAGCAUUAGCUUUGAAGCAUUCGAUAUUCAGAAUUCCUCUGGGUGUGCAAAUGACUACAUGGAAAUUCGAGAAGGCAGUGCUUCAGGGAAUUUGUUAGGCAGAUACUGUGGUGCCACUAUACCAAAUACUGUUGACACCUCUGGUAACCUGGCCUAUAUCAAGUUUAUCAGUGAUGAAUCCAUAAAUGGUCCAGGGUUCAAGUUACAUUUUACUGCAAGUGCUGAAGAAUGUGGAGGUGAACUUACUGGUGUUGCCGGAACAUUUACCUCCCCCAAUUAUCCAAAUCCUUACCAGCACAAAAUAAAAUGUGAAUGGAGAGUCAUGGUACCAGUUCGACGGCGUGUCACUCUUACCAUUACUGACAUGAAUUUUGGAUCCGAGCAGAACUGUAGUGUUGGCUAUUUGGCUGUUCACAAUGGUUUGGGUGAAAAUACACCUAGGCUAUCCAAACUUUGUGGUGUAGUGACCCCAGGCACUCAGAUGAAAUCCUCUGCAAACAAGAUAACAGCUAUUAUGAUAAUAAGCCAUGAUAAUUCAGAAGCAAGCUUCAGAAUUACUUAUGCUUCAGAUGAAGAUGCAGUAUGUGGUGGACAUCUGGUCAGCUCAAAUGUGGGGAAUAUCACUUCUCCGGGUUAUGAUGGUAUCAGCAAUUAUGCAAACAAUAUGAAUUGUGAAUGGGUCAUCCAAAAUCCACAGCCAUCUGUCACAACUGUUUCCCUGCUCUUUGAAGAGUUCCACUUGGAACAGCAUGCUGAUUGCUUAAAUGAUUACUUGGAAAUCCGACAAGAGGAUUCUGAUGGGGAGCUCUUAUACAAACUAUGUGGCCAUAGUGCACCUCAGCAUCCACUACUAAUAGCAUAUCCUCAGAUAUGGAUACAGUUUUUGACUAAUGAUCAAAAUACAGACAAAGGAUUCUUUAUCUACUAUUCAUCCCAAGUUUGUGGUGGUGUGCAGCAAGGGGAAAGUGGAAUUAUUUCAAGCCCUAACUACCCACAACCAUACAACAGUUCUAGUCUCUGCUCCUGGCUCUUGAUAGCACCAGAGGGACAAACCAUCAAUCUUACUUUUGUGGCCUUUGAAAUUGAAAGUCACCGGGUCUGUGGAUGGGACUCAGUCACUAUUCUAAAUGGUGGAUCUCCCAGUUCUCCCGUCAUAGGACAAUACUGUGGAACUGCAUCCCCAGGCACCAUUCAGUCAGGCUCCAAUCAGUUGUUAAUAAACUUUCAUUCUGACCACAGUAUACAAGGAGGUGGAUUCCAAGCAACAUGGACAGCUGAUUCUUUAGGAUGUGGAGGCAUUCUUCAUUCAGAGAAUGGUACCAUCCGUUCUCCCCACUGGCCGCAAAAUUUCCCCAGGAACACUAGGUGUUCAUGGACAAUAAUUACACAUGAAAGCAAACAUUUGGAAAUUGCUUUUAAUGAAAGUUUCCAGAUUCCAGAUAGUAAUGGACAAUGUCUGAGCAGUUAUGUGAAGGUGUUGAGAGGAAGUAGUGAAGAACAGGAAGACAGUUUAUUAGCGGUUGGAUGUGGAAAUUUAGCUCCUAUGCCUAUUAUUACUCCAGGAAAUACAAUGAAAAUAGUGUUUCAGUCACAAGAUGAACCAGGGCGUGGUUUUUCUGCGUCUUUUAUAAGUAGGUGUGGAGCAAAUUUUACUGAGCCAUCUGGUCAUAUUGUCUCUCCGAACUUUCCCAGGCACUAUGACAACAAUCUGAAUUGCAAUUAUGUGAUAAAUGUUGGACCCCAGUCUGUUGUCAUCCUGACUUUUGAAACAUUCGAUUUGCAAUCUCCAAAUGCCUGGCAAUAUUGUGGUUAUGAUGGAGUAAAGAUCUUCAAAGGAACUAGCGUGACACCAUAUCCCGUGGCAACGUAUUGCGGUAAUGGAAUUCCUGAUCCUGUCAGCAUUUUUGGAUCCACUCUUCUAAACUUCUACACAGACUCAGAUACAGUUGGCACUGGAUUUUUGGCCACUUACACAGUAAUACCUUGUGGAGGUGUUUUUAGUGGUUCUAGCGGCAUAGUCAAGAGCCCUACACAUUCUCUUACUGAGUAUCAUCACAAUAUGAAUUGUUCAUACCACAUCACUGUUGGAACCAACAAGAUAGUGGAACUCAAAUUCAACAGUUUCCACCUUGAAGUCACUCUGUCUUGCUACAAAGAUUACGUUGCUAUAUAUGAUGGGCCAGACAUUGCUUCUCCACUUCUUGGCAAAUUCUGUGGUGACGUUUCUCCUCCUGCUAUCAAAAGCUCCUCAAACAACUUGCUUCUGUUAUUUAUUACUGAUUCCUUUGGAGCAGCUGGCGGAUGGAGAGCAUCUUUCAGGGAGACACUAGGUCCUGAACAAGGCUGUGGUGGUUAUCUGACAAAUUUCAGUGAUAGCUUUGGUUCUCCAGACUCCAACAGUGAUGGCAGAUAUGACAAGGAUCUGGAAUGCAUUUGGAUGAUAGUUGCUUCCACAGAUAAGCUGAUCAACCUCACCUUCAACACUUUUCAACUGGAAGCAGCACCAGGUUUUGACAACUGCAAAUAUGACUAUGUCAAACUUUAUGAUGGUAAUAUUGAAAAUGACACUCUAGUUGGCACGUUUUGUGGCUCCAACAUUCCUCCUAAUUUUGUUUCCACUGGUAACUCCUUAACUAUUGAAUUUGUCACUGAUCGAUAUAUAGAAAGAGCAGGUUUCAAUGUAACAUACACUACUGUGGACAGAUUGUGUGGAGGUACAUAUAAUGCAACUUCUGAUAUGCAGUAUGCAACAUCUCCCUAUUUUCCAAAUGCAUACCCACCACUUACAAUCUGCAGAUGGAUCAUUGAUGCCCCUCCUGAUCAACAGGUCAAGCUAGUAAUUCAGGAAUUUCAUUUAUCAUCCAACCAAGACUGCUCUCAGAAUUAUGUAGAGUUUCAGGACUCGCCAUCGGGCAUUCAAGAACAUGCUGAUCGCAUCCAUCGGUUCUGUGGUUAUGAAAACUUUACUAUUCCAGUGUUUUAUUCUUAUAGGCGAACAGCUAUUUUAAUUUUCAGAUCUAAAACCUUUAUAACUAACAAUGGACUUCGCUUCUCCUAUCAAGCUUCAGACUGUAGCAGAGAGUACAACCAAUCAUUUGGUUAUUUGAAAAGCCCAGGCUGGCCCAACGACUAUCCACAUAACCUGGACUGUACCAUUAUUCUACGAUCCCCAAAAAAUCACACCAUCUCUCUCUUUUUCCAUUCUUUUCAUGUGGAAGGUUUUGGAUGUGCAAGGGACUUUUUAGAGGUCAGAAAUGGUAGUGAUGCAAGCUCACCACUGCUUGGAAAAUACUGUGGAAGCACUCUACCUAAUCCUGUAUUUCCUAAAAACCAUGUUUUAUAUCUGCACUUCAGAAGUGAUAUACUAACUUCUCAUGAAGGAUAUGAAAUUACUUGGACAUCUUCACCAUCUGGAUGUGGUGGCACCUUAUAUGGCGAGACUGGCUCAUUAGCCAGCCCAGGGUUUCCAGCCUCUUACCCAAAUCACACAGACUGCGAAUGGACAAUUAAUGCCCCCAAAGGAAGGGUUGUUACUGUUCAUUUUGCUUUUGUCAGAAUUGAUGAUCCAGGUGAUUGUAUUAACAACUAUCUGAAACUUUACAAUGGACCGCAUAAUAGCUAUCCACUUAUUGGACCAUACUGUGGACAGGACAUACGCGUUGCUCCAUUUACAGCUGGAUCACAUCAAGUGUUCAUAAAAUUCCAUGCCGAGUAUGUAACUCUAUCCUCAGGAUUUAGGCUAACCUGGAGCAGCUAAAAUACAUCUCGUUUGGAAAAUGUCUCUACUCAGCACUUUUUAAUAAUGAACAUAGGAGCCCCCAGAUGGCGUAGUGGACUAAGUGACUGGAAGGUUGGGUUGCUGACCUGAAAGUUGCCAGGUUCGAAUCCCACCUGGGGAGAGUGCGGAUGAGCUCCCUCUAUCAGCUCCAGCUCCAUGCGGGGACAUGAGAGAAGCCUCCCACAAGGAUGGUAAAACAUCAAAACAUCCGGGCGUCCCCUGGGCAACGUCAUUGCAGACGGCCAAUUCUCUCACUCCAGAAGCAACUUCGGUUGCUCCUGACACGAAAAAAAAAUGAACAUAUGUACAUCAGAGAAUGUGAUUCUCUAUAUGAUGCUAAUAAAAUUAUUUGUUGAGGAA